AUGAAAGAUUUAGCGGAUAGCAGUAUAUUGUUAAAUAAUAUGUCUGAUAGUUUAUUAUUCAGACAAUUGAAAUCAGUUAAAGCUGGUCAAAUAGAAAGGUUUAAAAUUGAAUAUAAUCCUCAUGCUGAUGGUGAUGAAAUAAUUAUACCUCCCAAUUUAUAUAUCAAAAUUAAGAAUUUAGAACCAAUAAGUAAAAGAGCAAUAUAUUUAGCUGGUCCAUACAUAUUAUAUGUUGAUUGUAAGCUGUGUGACUAUGAUUCAAAUCAAAAAUAUUUUGUAACUGCUGAUCAUCCAAGUUUUGAACCUCAAUUAUUACCUGGUCAAUCAUUUUAUGUUCAAUUACUGUGUCAUACUUUGAAAAAACAUUAUUGUUGGGAAGUAGAUGUCAUAUCACAAAUUAUAUUUAAUAAUACUAUUGAAAUUGAUUUUGAAAUAACUAUAGGAACAUCAAGAGAAAUACUACAUGAUUCAUCAAAUGCCGAAAAUUCAGAUAAAAUAGGAACAUUUCAUCAUUUAUUAAAAGUUUAUUAUCAAGAUACAUUAGAUUUAUGGAAUUUACCAAUACCGAAACAAAAUAAACCAAGACAUUUAGUUAUUUUAACCCACGGCCUACAUUCAAAUGUAAGUGUUGAUAUGUUAUACCUUAAAGAACAAAUAGACAAGUUUGCUAAAGAGAAUGAAAGUGAGGAGGAGAUAGUUGUAAAAGGAUAUUUUGGUAAUAUAGGUAAAACAGAACGAGGGAUUAAAUAUUUAGGUUCUAGAGUUGCUGAAUAUAUUAUAGAGUUAAUUAAUGAUAAUGAAAAUUUAAAUAAUGGUCAAACUACUAAAAUUUCAUUUAUUGGACAUUCGUUAGGUGGUUGUGUACAAACAUUUGCUAUAGCAUAUUUAAAAAUUAACUUUCCAUGGUUUUUCGACCAAAUUAAACCAAUCAAUUUUGUUACCGUAUCAUCUCCUUUACUCGGUGUUGUUAAUGAAAAUCCAAUGUAUGUUAAACUUGUAUUAUCAGCUGGAUUAGUUGGUAAAACAGGACAAGAAAUGGGAUUAAAAAUUUUGGAAAACAAUUCAAAACCAUUACUUUUAUUAUUACCAACUGGAGCAACUCAUCAAGUAUUGAAAAAAUUCCAAAAAAGGACAGUUUAUGCAAAUGCAAUAAAUGAUGGGAUAGUACCUCUACGUACAUCAUCUUUAUUAUAUCUAGAUUAUAGAGGCCUUGCAAAAAUUAUAAAUUCUGAUGAAUUAGCAAAUAGUGAAAAGACAGAUAAAGUACCGAAAAAUGUUGAGAAAGUUAAUAAGUUCCACUCUGUACAAACAUUGCUUAGUUACUUUAUGCCCUUUCAAAAAUCAACUGAAGAUAAUCAUAAAGAUGGUUAUUUAAGAGAUCAAUUAACAGGAACAGAUAUUGAAAUACCAAACAGUACAUUUUUAGAUUCAGCUGCUAGUAUAAUAUUACCACCUGUACCUUCAAUAAAGCUUAUAGUUGAUCCAUCAUCAAGAGAAAAUCCAAUAAUUCAUGAUAAAGUAUAUUAUGAAGACGAUUUACCACCAGUAGAUAAACCAAACAUAGAAGAAACAAUAGCAAGAGAAUAUCAUAAAUCAAUGAGCUGGAGAAAAGUAAUUGUGAAAUUGAAACCCGAUGCUCAUAAUAACAUAAUUGUAAGGAGACGUUUUGCAAAUGCGUAUGGAUGGCCUGUGAUACAGCAUUUGGUAGAGAAUCAUUUCAAAGAUUCUGAAGUUAAAGAAUUACCGAACAUUUCCUCAUUAGACUCAUUAGAUGAAGAAUUAGAUUUACUGAAGAUUGUUUCAAGAGAUUUAAUAGCUAAACAAAAUAAUGAAAUUGAUCAAACUACAACCGAAGAAGAAAUUUCAUGGAUAAAUUCAAAAGAUAAUAGUGAUUCAGUAUUUGCUUUAGGAGUUACUGGAUUAAUUGGAGAAAUAACUGGUAUGAUGGGAGAUUUUAGAGACCAAAUUUAUAAAUAUUCUUUAAAUCCCCCUACAUUACCUAUAAUUGGACAAAUUCCAAUACCACAAUCAUUAGCACCAAAUGAAAAACCAGAAGAAAAUAAUGAAACUGCUAUGAAAUUAAUGAAUGAUUUUAUAUAG